GUUGUAGCAAACGGGACUGGUUUUAAUCGGUGUUGACUUUGGUGAACGUGAAUUUUUUUCUCGAAAAAUAUUUACUGUGCGAAGUUUGUAUAUUGCUGUUUGUCAUUUACGGGAAAAAAAAAUUCAACCCCGAAAAUUACGAUUGUGUUAUUUAGUCGGGCACGGAAAAUGUGUAACUCUUGGAUGUAUAAUAAUACAAAACUGGUAAUCAUAGUUUAUGAAGUGAAGUGUUUUUAGUGCCUAUAAUAGAUAAUUAAUUGUGUGAAUCAAUAGAAAUGUGUUUCGGUGAUAAACGUUGAUUUUUAAUGCGUGAUAAUAAUUAACCCAAUGACAUGGUCUAUUGUUAAUGGAAUAACAUUAUUGGAAUGUGUACACAAUUCGUCAUGGAUUAUCACGAUAAGCAUCAAAACGGUUUUUUUUAUUAUUGUACCGAUGAUUCGUUAAGAGAAUGAAUCAUUUUAUCGGGGAAAAGUUUUGAAUUAACAGUGUAAGUGAUUUUUUGCGAAAUGAUUUGUCAACACCGUAACUUGGAAUUGUACACUGGCUACACUACUCGAACUUAAUACAGAGUCAAUUAUGAAAGUUAUUAUAUUUCCAACACUGAUAAUGUAAAAGGAAAAAGUACUGAAAAUAAUUAAUAGUCAAAAUGAAUUCAUCGAGCUGAUCGUUAUCGCUGAAAAUAAAUUUUAAUGUUUUCUCCGAAACGGUAGAACUUAAAAAGAAGAAGAAAAAAUUGAAAAUAAAGAAAGACGAACCAGUUACCGUUCAAUGAUGAGAUUAAUGUCCGUCAUCAAAUAAAAAUGAUUCGCUGUAAAUUUAAAUGUCAAACGAUCUCAUAUUUGCUGAUAACUUUCAUACAAUUGAUUUAUCUGAUCGUUGCAAGCGAAUUUCCUGAACGCGAAUGUUGCGAUCCCAUUUAUCCACUUUUACCAAAUCCAGAACCUUCACCUUCAGCACCUGCAUCAACAACUAAUCCAAGCGUAUCAUCUUCGCCCGCUAUAACAUUUGGACAUUCAGGUUCAAACAAUAGAUCAGCUAUAGCCAUAUUGAAUUGUAUCUUGGCCCGACAAUUAUGCUUUGAAGAUCCGUCUUGCUCUGCAAUUUUAGAAAUUAUCCCGAGAGUGUGCGGUCCUGUACCUGUUGCCUGCAGUACUGUGACUGUCACCAAGUGCCAGGCUGCCUUAAAAACUCUUCAAGCUUUUCCGUUCUUUCGACCGACCUGUUUAUGCAAAGAGCCUGGUGUAGAUCCUGAUUGUAAUAAUUUCCAAGAUUUUCUUUUCGAUCAUCCAUGCAGUCGUGUUUUGAAAAAGGAAAAAGAUCCAUAUCCGGUCGAUGCACUUCCAACUUGCAAUCAUGCGCUUUCCGUUUGUCAACAUGAAAGAAAAUGCAUAAAAUUGUUUGAUAACUUUAAAAAUCAUUGUAAAGUUCGAGACAAUAAAUGCAGAAUGGAAGACAGAGAUUUGUGCCACGAAGCUUGGACAAAUUUAAGAUUAUCACCAAUGUUCGGCUGUAUAUGUCCCAAUAAUCAUAUGAAACGUCGAUGCGAUAAAAUAUUCAGCAUCGUUAAUCAUAAUCCGUGUGUCGUACAAUCGAUGAGCGUUGCCGACACAUACCAUCAUCAACAUCUUUUCGACGAAAAUAUGGUACAAAUCGAAAUGCCACUUAUUGCUCCGGUUAGUAUGCACUAUCCACAUCAUCGUCACAAUGUAUAUUAUCCAUACAACCUGACUGGUUUUCAAAGUGGACAAUCAGUGGACAAUAUAAUUAGUGAAACUGGAGGAAACAUGGAGAAGCAUCAAAGUUCACCAGACAUCAAUCCAGAUCCACACAGUGAAAUCAUUAGGAUACAUUUUCAGAGUACGUGUCACACUGCACUGGAUGCCUGUAGAGAAGAUCCGUCCUGCGCAACAUCCGUAGAACCGGUGCUUAUGCAUUGUGAUUUGCAUAGAUGCAAUCGAAACGCUUGUAUGGAUGCAUUACAAUCAUUUUAUCGAGCUUCACAUGAAGAUCUUAGCCUGGAUGUUGCAUUUUGCUUGUGCAAAAAAACCUCGAACCGACAUGACGUAUGCAUGAUUGCACAAGAAAAACUUCAUCCUGUGUGUGCACAAAGACCGCCCGAUAUAAUUAAUUCCCAAACUUCAAACGGUGCUAUGUAUCAUCCACCUCCAGCGUGUCAUAUUGUGGCUGAUUUAUGCAAAGAGGACCUGGAAUGCAGGGGUCGCCUUGAGUACUAUGAACAAGCGUGUGCUGUGGAUAGCGUCACAAAGAAAUGUGCGGGUAGAGCUAGCAGCUGUCGUUCGGCAAUGUUGGGGAUUUUGGGAACACCGUUGCGUACAUCUUGUGCUUGUCAAGGAACUGACGUUCAACAAUUAUAUGGAUGCAUGGGAUGGCAUCGUCUUUUAUGGUUGAACCCAUGUGUUGUCGAAUCACAAAAGGAUUUUCACAUGAAGCGACUAGCCGAAUUGGGUUUACUAAUAACAACGACUUCGACUACGUCUACAACAACAACAACUACGACGACGGCAGCGCCAAUGGCAACAAAACCGAUUUUUAUUGAAAUUGCUAGACCAACUAGGCUUACCAAGAUAAGUAUCACAACAGAAACGGCACUCGAUAACAAUAUAGAACCGCCGUCUGACUCAAUGCCGGAAACAUUGUUGUACAACGGAAGCGGAAAUAUCAACGAAAAUGGUGGUAAUGGAGGUUCCGGCGAGCAACAUCUUGUUUCUGUUACAAGUGUAACCACAGUGGAAAUUGAAACCACUAGCACCACAACAACAACGACAACCACUACAAUGGCAUCAACUGUACCACCAAGGUUUUGUAUAGUUCAACGACCACAACAAAGUGACCAACAGAUUCCAGAGUCAAGUACUCGCCGGAUAUACUCGUUGGAUGACGCCGAAUGUAGUGAAUUGUGUUCAUGCGGUGAUACGCUUACACUAACAUGUCAUGCCUUAUGUGUUCCAUUUAACCCAUGUAGGACGGCGCUCGCAUUUUAUAGUCAUGCAUCGCCUGCAUAUCAAGCAUUUCGGGGACGGUGUUUGUGCUAUUCAGGAAAAUUUAUUUGCAUGCGGCCACCACCCAGUGAAUACAGUUUACCCGGCGGUGUUUUUUUAAUGCUUGGGUAUAGUUCUACUGAUGAAGCCUUGCUACGACCGUACACCAAUCUUGGUGUGCAAGAUACCAUUAGAGGACUCCAACACUAUGUGAAUAAAAACAUAGAAAAUCAGACAUCAUGUACCUUAACUUUAUUCAACAUGACUGACGAAAAUAUUAUAAUAUCAGCAAGGCUUCCACAUGACUCCAAAAUAAAUCCAAUGGAAUUGCUCAGGAAAGAAAAAGCUCAAUGCACCUCAAUUUUAGAAAAGAUAAGCCAUCAAGUGAAUAGUCAACAUAGUGAAUUAGCCGCUCAUCGUCUGUUAAGUAUAUUCAAAAUGGCUGAAGUGCAAAUUGUGUGGCCAGAAGUGAGUGGUUGUCGGAAAGAAAAAAGUUUUCCAUUUCUUUCGGUUAUAGUUUUUAUUGUGUUUCCGACCAUCCGAUUGUUAUGUCACACUGAAUUCAUUCAAAGGACAGAACAGUGAAAAGAAAUUAAUGAAAUUGAAAGUAGGAAUCUCUUCUAUUUCGGGAAAGUUUGUCUGAUGAUAACUAAAAGUAAGUAGAUUGUAUGUUAGAGUGAUAAUAUAAAUUAAAACAAAAAUACCACCACAAAUAAACAUAUCAGAAAAAAUAUAUUAUGAUGAAAUAAACAAUAAAAUUAUAAGGGUUUUAUAUAUAGAGGUAACUUAACUACAAAUAUAUAAAUAAAAUACAAUAAGUAUAACUUAAGGUCAAAUUAUAUUUAUUAAAUUAAUUCGGUUAUGUUUCAAAGUAUAUUAGAGGGCGCGCGUUUUUGAAUAAAAUAAAAGUUGGUUGUGGAAUCCACUUAUUUUCCGAAGAUAAUAAUUAUAUUAUGGGACAUUACUUCAGUGAGAUUUUACUUAACACCAACGAAGAUUGACACCGGUACCAUAAUUAUAUACAGUCGAUUUGACAAAAAU